AUGUGCAAACACAAGCUCCGCAAUAUGCUGAAACCUCGGACCCUGAAAAUGAUUGCAUUCUGGGAAACCGGGUUCUGGCCGGUAAUGUGCGGAUGGAUCGUAAUUAUGUUCACCAAACGAGAAUCCGAAGACGAAUUUGCACUCGAUUCUGAAGAGCAUCAACUGAUCAUCCAUCAGCACAAUGAAGACUGGGAAAAAGGUGGCCUUAUUUACAUGUCCUGCUUCCCCAAAAGCCUAACACGCAAGGUGCCUCUCCCUCUCCUGCAAGGUUUGUGGUUUCAUUCCAUCACGUGCUUUCUCUACGCCCCCAUCGCCGGCCUCUUGUUCCUCGGAGUGAAAAAUAGGUCCCGAUUUUGCGUCGUGCUCUGGAUGAUAUUUUACAUCUUGACGUCCAUCAUCAGGAUUUGGGCGUUGGUUACAUUUCAACAUGCGUACAUAUGGCUCAGGUGGUUCGAGUUUUACUGGAUUUUGAGGAUCUACUUUCUCCUCUGUGCGUUCCAUUACUGUCUCGAUUUGUGGGCUGAGCACGCCACCGCGGAACAUCUUGAUCCACCCUUACUCCUUCCCACCGAUGACCCCAGAUCCUGGCGAGGAGCUCACAACUAUCCCGAACAUCCGCUUACUUUAGAUCAGCGUGCUACCGUCUUUGGGACUGGGAGGCACACCCCCAUGCACCUCGACUGGAGGUUCGUUGUCCACCCCUUCCCAACGUGGUACGAAAGCCAGGAUGAGCAUGGGAACUCCAUGUUGGUCGUGGACAAUUCUGCUUAUAACCCCGACACGAGAUAGCGCAAUAAAUAAAUUAAAUACUCUAUAAUGAAUGAGUUUGUAUAAUUAGAUUUAUUUAUUUAUUUGAUGUAUUUAUUACAUAUAACGUAAAAUCUUGGCAGUGAUAAUACUGUCUCGGUGAUUGUAAAAAAAAUCAUCAUACAGAUACAAAAAUAAGAGGAAAUGUGAAAAGAUUAAACAUUUUUCUCCAUUCUCGCGUGGGUUGAAAUAAAUAA